CCAAUUCCAAGAUGGAGAGAAAACAACGUCGCGCCUGCUCUCGCGCAAGGUGGUUGUAAACACAAGCGGUGUCGUCGAUGAUUCUGCCGUUUCCGCGCGAGAUCGCCGAGAACGUGCGAUGGCCAAGUCCGUCCUGUCCUCGGACGGCCUGCCCAAGGCUGGUCGCGUGAACGAAGUGUGUCGCGAAUGGCUGGUGCACGAGGAUGGGGCGCUGGCCUACCGACUUCAGGAUGAAGAAAUCAAAGAGCAUUAUACAGGCAACAAAACACGUAAUGCACAGGUGAGGGAAGAUGCACCACGAGCCAAAGUUGAACAGGAAUUGGAAGCAUUGAGAUAUCAAAACUAUGUUCAUCAACAGGAAGAGAGAGAUGCGCUUGUCGCGCGGCAAAUUGCGCUUUCCUUGGAACGAGAAGAGAGACAGAGGGAGCGUGAGCUUCAAGACCUGAUGAGAUUACAAUUAAGAUUAGGAGAUGAAGCUAUGCAGCAGGAUAUUGAAAAGCGUAUACAGGAAGAGAAAGACGAGGAACUGGCGAGAAAAUUGCAGCAAGAGGAGAGAGAAGAUUAUCCGGACGGUCCGAAAGACGAGCAAUUAAUGUUGGAUCAAAAACUGGCGAUGGAGGCGCAGGACGCCGAAUUGGCACGAAUGCUUCAGGACAAAGAGCGGGCAAAGGCGCGAAAAGCGCGAGAGAGAGCGAGACAAAAAAAACUGGAGCGUGAACGUCUGCAACAGCAGCAACAACAGCAACAGUUCGAGGAACAGAAUCUUACGACGCGACCACCAAGACCGGACAGGCUCGACUUGAAGACUCCGCCAGUCAAGAAUCGAGCUCGUCAUCCGCUUAACUAUUCUCAGUAUCCAGAUCCUGAGGAAAUUCAGACGUUGGAUGACCCCGAAAGUUCACAAGAAGUGGCAAAUGUCGCGGCCAUCAUCGACCCUACUUAUAACGCGCAUCGUGGUACCUCCAGCAGCUCGAGUAGCACGAUUAGUCCCGUUUACGCUUUACCAACGCCAUCGCAAGAGCUGAUGAUCGAUGAAGCACCGUGUUACAUGCCGAUCCAAGGCCAGCGACGGAAUCAAGUCCAAUCGCCAUCCAACGCGCACGACGAGAAGCAAAAGCGACGCGUUAAAGACGGGUGUAAGCACCAAUGAGAAAGAGAUAGAGAGAGAAUUGAGAGAUCAGUAUUUUUUUAAUAGAAUGUAUUUUAUACUUUUGUUUCUUUUUUUUUAAUCAUCAAAUGAUGACGUAAGUUAAUAGAUAACUGAUUUAUUUUGGAAAGGAUGCAAAGGCUGAUUCUUAUCUAAAGAAAUGCAAUUUUGUUAUGCAUUGAUACAUAUUUAUUUUCAGAAAAUGUAUGAGUCUCUCUCAGGACUUUUCAAUUAUUUUAUACUGACAGGAUUUACUGCCAUACGUUAUGCGAUGAUAUAAUUCGCAUUACGUAAAAUACAACGUGCCUUUUAAAGGGCAUAAUUAAAUUUGAAACGGCCUUGACAACACAAGUUGACAAAUUAUCUAGCAAUAUAAAUUGAAGUUACGAUUAUAAUCUAUUUGAAUGGAUAGAUUGUACCGUCCUCAAUUAUAUUUCUCGUGUCCCUAAUUGUCAUAAAACAUAUGACAUAUGUUAGUAUAAAAACUGCUUUAUUAAUGACAAUGUUUUUCAAUAUUAAAAUUUUGACACCUUUAGCAAGAGAGUUGAAGUGAAGAAAGAUAUUAUAGACAAUCAUAAAAUCAUUUACAAAAGAUAUAUAUUACGAUGCACACGUUUAUGACAAAGAAAGAAAUAAUAAUAUUGUAUAAAUGUUGAUUGACUGUAAAAAUUUACCACAGAAUCUCUUAAUUCGUAAACGGUUCUAAUGUACACAGGGUGUAAUUGAAACACAUGAACAAAUCGUGAUAAGAGAUUAAAACAUUUUUUCCGACUUAUAUUUAAUUUGUUUAAGCAAUCAAGUUUAAAUGAAGUCUCAUAUAAUCGAUAUUCGAUUUGUUCUUGCAGAAUGACAUGUUUCUAUAAAUAAACAUUAAAAGACUUCAUGAUAUCAAAAUAUUAGAUAUAUAGAAAAAAGUUAAUAAACAGUCAAGGUGAUGACAAAAGUAGAUCUCCUAUUAAUAAUAGAUAAACUUAGCUAUCAUCCUCAUGAACUA